AGAGCUCCGGGCCACAUGGAAAGUUUGCUAAGAAGCCUGUGGAGCAGGCUUUUCUGCUCUCCUUCUGAGUCUGUUACGAAGCUGCAAUUUCCAUUUCUACAGAUGUCCUGAAAUUUAAAUCAGCACAGGUUUUAGGAUUAUAAAGGAUACUUAAGAUUGUAAAAGAUUAUUAAGAAAAACACAUAUUUUAUAUGCAUCAUCGUAUUUCCUGUGAAGAAUAAUAGUUAAAAACAUAAUAGAAUGGAUUGCUGCUUCCUCAAACUCUGGAUGCUGGUAAUUCUUCUCCUCUGGCCUUGCCUUGCGCUUGCAGAAAACUUGAAAGCACAGAAGCCUCAGUCAGCAGCAGCAUCUCCUGGAAGAGUUAAGCGUGGCUGGGUAUGGAACCAAUUUGUUGUACCAGAGGAAAUGGAACCUAAUCAACAUGUCGGACGGUUAAGAUCUGAUUUAGAUGAUGGAAAUAGCUCUUUCCAGUACAAGCUGUUGGAAACUGGAGGUGGAGCUGGAAGCUUCAGCAUCGAUGAACGAACAGGUGACAUAUUUACCACUCAGAAACUUGAUAGAGAGAAACAGUCACUCUACAUCCUGAGAGCCCAGGUAAUAGACACCAUCACUGGAAAGGCUGUGGAACCUGAGUCUGAGUUUGUCAUCAGAGUUUCGGAUAUCAAUGACAGUGAACCAAAAUUCCUAGAUGAACCUUAUGAGGCCGUUGUACCUGAGAUGUCUCCAGAAGGGACAUUUGUUAUCAAAGUGACAGCUACUGAUGCUGAUGAUCCUGCCAGUGGCUAUCAUGCCCGUCUCCUCUACAACUUAGAACAAGGCCAACCAUAUUUUUCUGUUGAACCCACAACAGGAGUCAUAAGAAUAUCUUCUAAGAUGGAUAGAGAGCUGCAAGAUACAUACUAUGUAAUUAUUCAAGCCAAAGACAUGCUUGGUCAAUGGGGAGCCUUGUCUGGAAAAACAACUGUAUCAAUUAAGCUAUCAGAUAUCAAUGACAACAAGCCAAUAUUUAAAGAAAGUUUCUACCGCUUCACUGUCUCUGAAAAUGCACCCACUGGGACAGCAAUUGGAAAAAUUAUGGCAUAUGAUGAUGAUGUAGGAGAGAAUGCAGAAAUGGACUACAGCAUUGAAGAGGACAAUUCACAAACAUUUGACAUCAUCACAGAUAAUGAGACCAAAGAAGGAAUAGUUAUACUAAAAAAGAAAGUGGAUUUUGAGCGCCAGAGCCACUAUGGUAUUAGAGGUAAAGUUAAAAAUCGACAUGUGGAUGAACAGCUUGCACACGCCCAUACCAAUGCCUCCACAACCUACAUUAAAGUCCAAGUGAAAGAUGAGGAUGAGCCUCCGGUUUUCCUCCUUCCAUAUUAUAUAUUUGCAAUUUCUGAAGGAAAGCCACAUGGAUCAUUUGUAGGGAUAGUAUCUGCCAUGGACCCAGAUGAAAGAAAUUCUCCUAUCAGUUAUUCUCUCACCAGAAACAAAGUGUUCCAUAUCAAUGAUAAUGGCACAAUUGUCACCACAGAUCUGCUUGACAGGGAGGUCAGAUCUUGGUACAACCUGAGUGCCACAGCUUCUGAAACAUAUAACACACAGCAAUUCUCCUCAGUUCCUGUGUAUGUGCAAGUUCUUAAUGUCAAUGAUCAUGCUCCUGAGUUAUUUAAAUACUAUGAGAGCUAUGUUUGUGAAAAUGCUGAAUCUGGUGAGACAAUUCAGACCAUCAGUGCAAUAGACAGAGAUGAAUCUGUAGAAGAUCAUCAUUUCUACUUUAAUCUAUCUGUGGAAGACACAAACAACUCAAGUUUUACUCUCACUGACAAUGAAGAUAACACAGCUGUCAUUUUGACUAAUAGAGCUGGUUUUAGUCUUCAAGAAGAGCCCGUGUUCUACAUGACUAUCCUAAUUGCUGAUAAUGGAAGCCCAUCUCUUACAAGCACAAACACCCUUACUAUAUAUGUCUGUGACUGUGGUGGCAAUGGAAGCAAAGAGACCUGUGCCAAUAAGGGACUUCUCUUUACCAUGGGAUUCAAGACAGAAGUUAUUAUUGCUAUUCUGAUCAUCACUGUGGUAAUAUUUGGGUUUAUCUUUUUGAUGUUGGCUCUGAAACAGCGAAGAAAGCAAACUCUGUUUCCGGAGAAAAGUGAAGAUUUCAGAGAGAAUAUAUUCCGCUAUGACGAUGAAGGGGGUGGGGAAGAAGAUACAGAGGCCUUUGAUAUUGUAGAGCUGAGAAGCAGCACAGUCAUGCGGGAAAGAAAGACUCGGAGGACCAAGAGCGCCGCCGAGAUCAGGAGUCUGUACAGGCAGUCUCUGCAAGUGGGGCCAGACAGCGCCAUAUUCCGAAAAUUCAUCCUAGAGAAACUAGAAGAAGCCAACACUGAUCCGUGUGCUCCUCCCUUUGAUGCAUUUCAGACCUUUGCCUUUGAGGGUACAGGGUCAUCAGCUGGUUCUCUUAGCUCCCUAGGAUCGGCAGCUACUGAUGGUGAUGAUAAUUUUGACUACCUUAAUGACUUGGGACCUCGUUUUAAAAGACUAGCGUGCAUGUUUGGUUCUGCGGUGCAAGCAAACAAUUAGGGAUUAAUACCAUCACACAAAAGUACUGAGGGGUAUUUGGACAAAACGGCAGCCUUUUCAUAGUUCUCUGCCAUGUCUUUCCUUUAAGUAGGAGCCCAGGUUUAUACUCGUAUGAUCUUUUAAAGUAAAUACUCAUGCUUAUUCCAACUUCAACACAGACUUUGAGAUGAUUACUACCAAUCAAGUCUCAGAUGCCAGGGCAAGUCGACUGUGGUUUGUCACAAAGUCUUCAGUUAUUAUCAUCCAAAGCAUAUUCUCAAAACUGUUGAAUAAUAUUCUUAAAAGAUAUCAAAUAAAGCCAGAUGCAUAUUAUUUUAUUAUACAUUAUUUUACAAGGUAAGAGCGCUGUGAUACUUACAAUACACGUCUAAAAAAUUUAACAUCUUGGAGACUCAGAGUUUAUGUAAAGGCUUAAAAACUUUUUUUGUUAUUUUUGAGACAGGGUCUCCCGGUAACCCCUGGGACUGGCUAUGUAGACCAGGCUCUACUGGAACUCACAGAGAUCUGUCUGCGUCUGCUUCCCGAGCCCUGGGACCAAAAGCAUUUGCCAUAACG